GGGUGACCGGAUCAAUGUGAAAAUCAAUGAAGGCACCGCGCAUUCAAACAAUACUUGCUGCAUUGCCCUACACAGAUGGAUAGCCAAUGCAUGAAAUAAUACAGUAAGUGAUGAGCCGUAAAACAGCCCAGCAACGUGAGCUGUCUCGGAAAGCGAAAAUAGAUCCACUGAAAAGUGAUCGCUACAAGAUUAUUAACAGACUUGGUGAUGGUGGUUUCUGUGAAGUGUUUAAAGCGAAAGAUCUACAGACUGGGAGGUAUGUGGCCAUCAAGCGAGUUGAUAGAGGAAAGCCGACCUAUCAGAAAUACUCCCCAAAAGAAGUAGAGAAGAAAAUUAAAAAAUUAAUGUAUCGUGAAGCUUCUAUAAUGCGAGCAUUGGAACACCCAAAUUUAGUGAAACUAUAUGACUUGGUUGAUGAAACGGAUCAAAUAUACCUUGUUAUGGAGUUAGCAGAGGGCGGUGAGCUGUUCGAUCGAAUAAUAAAGAGAGGAAAGUUCAGUGAAAGAGAUGCCGCUAUUAUCAUAGCACAAAUGCUGUCCGGAGUGCGGUACAUGCACGCUGCAGGCUAUGUUCACCGAGACAUCAAACCAGAAAACAUACUGUUCGAGAAGCAGAGUGAUGACUCGAAGCUUUUGAUCACCGACUUUGGUCUGUCUAGAGAGAUUCAACCGAAAAUGAUGACGAAUUGUGGAACAGUGGAUUACUCCGCACCAGAACUAUUAAAAAGCAAACUUACCAAAUCCGGUUACGGACCUGAGGUUGACAACUGGAGUAUCGGUGUGGUGGCUUACAUACUUCUUUGUGGAUAUCCACCAUUUUAUUCCGUCAAUCAAGAUGACAACGAAAUAAAAAAACAAAUCAUGUCAGGUACGUAUCAUUUUCAUCAUCCUCACUGGGAUCACAUUUCAAAGUCAGCGAAGAAUUUUAUCGCAUCACUGCUGAAACCUGACCCAGAAGAGAGAGCAUCUUUAGACCAAUCUUUAGAACAUCCUUGGAUUCGUCUUGAAACUAGCUCCACUUUGGAUAUUUACCCACUGAUCGAAUCCAGCAUGCGUGACACGCUCGCCCGGCAACGUUGGCGCUGUCUAGGUUUGGCAGCAAACGCCGUGAAUUUGCUUACCAUGGCGAGCCCGACGAUGGUAAACCGAUGCUACUCUGCCAGAGAACACACGGUAAUGGAGGAUGUGUAGGCGUUUAGCGGAAACAGAAAGGGUAGAUCGUCCAUCCUGUAGGAUCGAACACUGCUCCUGGGGUACACAAAUGGCGCAUUUACAUUAUAUUCAGUCAAUCAUCACUUGAGCUAACUCGUGCCUUUUAUGUUGGCCGUCGCUUACUUUUUCUUUACUAUUCUCUGUGCUGACUUGUGAUUUAAGUUCUUAUUCUUUUCGCUUGCAAAAAGUAUGGAUUAGCUGUCUUAUUUCUGCUCCUGGACUGCUCGACCAACCUUCGACACAGCAGUUGAGUAGAGGUCCAGCUGUUUGGCUUGCAAUCUGUUCACCCCGUGUUCAAUUCUACGCUCUCUCAUAGCUUCGGGGACUCUGAAAUAUUCUAGUUCUUGUUCAACCGCUUUCAGCUUCACUGUGGUGAAGCAACGAUAUAUGGGUACCGAUGAUAUCAUUUUCCAAACGGUCAUACCUGCUAACAAAUGAAUCGCAAUCACGUGCAUUAGUAAAGCGGCGCAUUUCAAUCUGCUGUUAGUCGCGGUUUGCUACUAUUCCACCUGAUCCCAUUAGCACACCCAAUUUGGCUACGUGAUCAAACGGUGUAAUCAGUUCCCAUCCUUAAGUGGUAUCCUCAGAACGCGAAGUAGGCUAUUGUUUUAAGUAUAGUACCG